GCGGGAGACUGCGCUUGCGUAGCCGGCGUGCUGAUUUCCUGUUGGGGCUCUCUGUUUCGGGGGAAGGGGAAGGAGGCCCAGGCCUCCCUCCAGCUCUGGACGUCGCCGCUGCGCUCUGGAAGCUUAUCGAAGGGGCAGCUCAAGUGUGACGUUUCGUUUUCAUCCUGGCGCCGUGCCUGGGGCUCAUCACACCCUGCUGCGGAUUUGAACAGCGCUCAUCUAUUCCGGUGCGCAGGACCGCGUGCUUCCCAGCCACCUAGCACCCGGCGACCCGACUACAGCCGAGGACCCAACCAGACCGCCAACGCGGCGUCCGGCGAGGCCCAGGGCCCUCUCGUGCCCUCGGCCUCAGAGGAACACAGCCGGGGGCGGGGCCUCGCGAGCGCCGUACGGCACACGCGCCGAGAGACGCCGCGAGGGCGGGGCUACGUCGGGGCGGGGCCGCGGCGCGCGGGAAGCGCCAGGGGUUGCUGCGGGUCGGGUCCUCGGCCUGCGAGGCGCGUGAUGGCACUGUCGGUGCCCGGCUACUCGCCCAGUUUCAAAAGGCCGCCAGAGACAUUGCGGCUCCGACGGAAAAGGGGCCGGAGCCUUGGGGCCGCCUCUCCGACCGAGGAGCGGCCCGAGCCGGCGACCCGCCGCGCCGCCCUGACGGCCGGGCUGCCCCUCCGCCCUUUCCCGGCAGCGGGCAGAGGCGGCGGCGGCCCGGCCGUGUCCCGAAGGAACCCCUUCGCCCGCCUGGACAACCGGCCGCGGGCCGCCGCCGAGCCUCCCAGCGUGCCGUCCCGCGGCCAGCAGGAGGCGCCGGGCCCGUUUUUAGAUUCUAAUCGAGAAAAUGAUUUGCUCUGGGAAGAGAAGAUUCCUGAAAGAACAGCCGUUACUGAAUUACCCCAGACUCCUCAUGUAUCAUUCUCCGAAUCUGAUAUUCCGUCCUCAGAAAGUACUGAGUUACCUGUGGACUGGAGUAUUAAAACUCGACUCCUUUUCGCCUCUUCUCAACCCUUUACCUGGGCAGAUCAUUUGAAAGCACAGGAAGAGGCUCAAGGUGUCAUCCAGCAUUGUAGGGCAACAGAAGUUACUUUGCCUCAAAGUAUACAGGAUCCCAAACUCUCCACUGAGCUCCGUUGUGCCUUCCAGCAGAGCCUUAUCUAUUGGCUCCACCCUGCCUUGUCUUGGCUACCAUUGUUCCCUCGUAUUGGAGCUGACAGAAAAAUGGCUGGAAAGACAAACCCUUGGUCAAAUGAUGAAACCCUGCAACACAUUUUAAUGAGUGACUGGUGUGUGAGCUUUACUUCUCUGUAUAAUCUGCUGAAGACAAAACUUUGCCCCUAUUUCUACGUUUGUACCUAUCAGUUUACUAUCCUUUUCCGUGCAGCGGGAUUAGCAGGAGAUGAUGUAAUCACGGCUCUCAUGUCUCCUACAACUAGAGGUAUAAGAGAAGCUAUGAAAAACGAAGGUAUUGAAUUUUCUUUGCCUUUAAUAAAAGAAAGUGGCCAUGAGAAGAGGAAAGCGUCUGGAACAAGCUUGGGACAUGGGGAGGAGCAAGCAGUCAGCGAUGAGGAUGAAGAAGAAAGUUUUUCCUGGCUGGAAGAGAUGGGUGUGCAAGAUAAAAUUAAAAAACCAGAUGUACUUUCUAUCAAGCUGCGUAAAGAGAUACAUGAAGUACAAAUGGAUCACAGACCCGAGUCUGUUGUGUUGGUGAAGGGAACGAAUACCUUUACAUUGCUAAAUUUUUUGAUCAACUGUAAGAGUUUAAUCGCUACCUCAGGUCCCCAGGCAGGACUUCCACCAACCCUCUUAUCACCUAUAGCUUUCCGAGGCGCCACAAUGCAAAUGCUUAAGGCGCGAAGUGUAAACGUGAAGACACAAGCUCCUUCUGGAUACAGAGAUCAAUUUAGUUUGGAGAUUACAGGUCCUAUCAUGCCUCAUUCUCUACAUUCAAUGACUAUGCUACUCAGAUCUUCACAGAGUGGGUCAUUUUCUGCAGGACUGUAUACACAUGAGCCAACUGCUGUAUUUAAUAUCUGCCCACCAAAGGAUAAAGUACUGGAUAAGGAGGCUGUUCAUGAGGAGCUUGCCAACUGUGGAUUGCACCCUAAAACUCUGGACCACCUUAGUCAAACACCGAUACUGGGGAAAUCAUCUUUACGGCAUGUGGCAAUGAGUGACUACAUUUAUAAUUGGAGAUCCUGAACACCAAAGUAAGCCUAAAAGGAAUCUUUGAGGAAAAAAGCCUUCUAGCAAGGAAAUUCAAGAUACUUGUAUCUUUGGCUUUAAAGUUCACUUUGGAAGUUUAAAGGAAUAUAGCUUUAAAAAUACUCAAAUGUUUACAAACAUUAACCUUUUACAAUACUUUCAUUACAUGCACUAAGCAGUAAAUAGGAUUAAGGUUUCAAAAUCAACAUUUGUUUUUACUUUUUUGAUUAAAUAUUCAGAUAUGAAGAUAAACUUUUUAAAAACUUCAAAAACCAGGCUUCCUUGGUGGCGCAGUGGUUGAGCGUCCGCCUGCCGAUGCAGGGGACACAGGUUCGUGCCCCGGUCCGGGAAGAUCCCACAUGCCACGGAGCGGCUGGACCCGUGGGCCGUGGCCGCUGAGCCUGCCCGUCCGGAGCCUGUGCUCCGCAACGGGAGAGGCCACAACAGUGAGGGGCCCGCGUACCGCAAAAAAAAAAAAAAAAAAAAAACUUCAAAAA